UGGGCGGGGUCAGUCCGAACCAGGAGGAGCUGAUUUGGGGUGUUGUGAAUUCGUGGAACCAACAUAUCCUGAGUGGGAGUUCUCAGGUCGGUUUGUUUGGUGUUUUCUCUGCCGGUUCGCUUCGAUAGGCGACACACCAGGAGCCGCUAUGCCCGGAAUAGAGAAGCUGCCGUUGGAGGAGACGUUGGAGGACAGCCCGCAGACACGAUCUCUGCUGGGAGUGUUCGAGGAGGAUACCGCAGCCAUCUCCAACUACUGCACUCAGCUCUACCAGGCCAUGCAGAGGAUUUAUGAUGCACAGAAUGAGCUGAGUGCAGCGACACACCUGACCUCCAGGCUGCUGAAAGAGUACGACAAACAGCGUUUUCCUCUAGGGGGCGACGAUGAGGUGAUGAGCUCCACCCUGCAGCAGUUUUCCAAGGUCAUUGAUGAGCUAAGCUCCUGCCAUGCCGUCCUGUCCACCCAGCUCGCUGAUGCAAUGAUGUUUCCCAUCACUCAGUUCAAGGAGCGAGACCUGAAGGAGAUCCUCACGCUGAAAGAAGUCUUCCAGAUCGCCAGCGAUGAUCAUGACACGGCCAUUAACAGAUACAGCCGCCUGUCUAAGAGGAAGGACAAUGACAAGGUGAGAGCGGAGGUGGUGGAGGACGUCUACACCUCACGCAAGAAGCAGCACCAGACCAUGAUGCACUACUUCUGUGCCCUGAACACCCUGCAGUACAAGAAAAAGACGGCUCUGUUGGAGCCACUGCUGGGUUACAUGCAGGCCCAGAUCAGCUUCUUUAAGUUGGGGUCAGAGUACCUCACCCAGCAGUGGGAAGACUUCCUGGGAACCAUCGGAACCAGCGUCCAGAACGUACGUCGGGAGAUGGAGGAAGAGGUGGGGCAGAUGCAGCAGACCAUCCAACAGAUGGAAAGGUCAUGUGACGUUCUUUAUGCGCCGUGUGACCCUGACCCCGCCCAUUCGCCGGUCUGUCGCAGCCUGACCAGGAAACAAGGCUACCUAUUCAUCCGCAAUAAAACCGGCCUGGUGUCGUCAUCCUGGGAGCGUCAGUACUUCUUCACCCAGGGGGGAAACCUGAUGCAGCAGGGUCGAGGCGAGGUGGCGGGCGGCCUGGUCACCGACCUCGACAACUGCUCCGUCAUGGCCGUCGACUCUGACGACCGUCGAUUCUGCUUCCAGGUCACCUCCUUUGACGGGAAAAAGGUUGUGACCCUGCAGGCGGAGAGCAGGAAGGAUUGCGAAGAGUGGAUCGCAACCAUCAACAACAUCUCCAGGAGGAUCUACCUGAGUGAAAAUGCAGAGGAGCUGGCAGCCAGAGUGAACCAAACAGCCCUGGAAGCUGUGACGCCAUCGCCUUCGUUCCAGCAGAGACACGAGAGCAUGAGACCAAGCAGUAAGGGCCGAACGGGCCGAACCAGCAGCAUCAGCUCCGUUGGUUCUGAGCCGUCGCCUGCCCUCUCUGUCCUCUCAUUGGACGCUCUGGUUGCUCCGGAUACGCCCAUCCAGUUUGACAUCAUCUCCCCCGUCACAGAGGAGAACUCGGGUCAGAGCAAGAUGGCGGCACAGCCCGGCAGGAGGAGUAAUCCGUUUGGAGAGUCAGGAGACGAUUCACCCGACGCUGAAGAUUCGAUCCUCCACCAGCUGUUUAUCGUCCGGUUCCUCGGGUCGAUGGAGGUGAAGACAUCCGAGUCUGCAGACGUCAUCUCUGAGACCAUGAGGCAGAUCCUGGCUGCCAGAGCCAUCCACAACAUCUUCAGGAUGACCGAGUCUCACCUGCUCGUCACCUGCGACUGCCUCAAACUGAUUGAUCCUCAGACGCAGGUCACUCGACUCAGGUUCCCCCUGCCCAGCGUGGUCCAGUGUUCGUCCCAUCAGGACAACAAGCGGCUGUUUGGUUUCGUUUUGCAGGCGUUAGGCGGGCGAGGGGACACUCGAGUCGUCUGCUACAUCUUUGAGUCCAACAACGACGGCGAGAAGAUCUGCGAUAGCAUCGGUUUGGCCAAGCAGAUAGCUUUCCACUCAGAGAUGGACCGUAAAGCGGUGGAAAAGAAGAAGGAGGAAGACAAGGCCAAAGAGAAACAGCAGGAGGAGCUAAACAAGCAAAAGCAGAUUGAAAAGGAUUUAGAAGAACAGAGUCGCUUGAUCGCUGCCUCAAGUCGCACUGCCAACCCACCCGCUCCAGAUGGGCAGUUUCUGGUGCUCAGCAGUAGCCAAUCGGAGGAGAGCGAAGUAGGGGAGGAGGGGAAAAAGCGGGGUGAGUCAGAAGCCUAA